UUUGCCUGUUUCGUGAAAUUCAAUUUUUUUUUUGUAGUAAGUAGUGAAAUUUCCAUCUCUUGGUAUUCAAUGGUUGUCAAUCUAUGGCCAAGAAAUUGAUUGAAAAAAUUAAAUUGAAUGUUGAACAAAUAUAUAAACACAGAUUAUUGUUAGUCUGUGAUAUAAAUAAGCGAGUGAAAUUAAUUAUUUUCGUUAACUGAAGGUUUUAAUUGAACAAAGAGGCAAGAUAAAUGAAAAACAAAUCGAAAUGAAUCCUAAUCAUUUGCGACAGGUUAGACUUUUAUAUAAAGUCAUUUUGAAAUUAAACAGGGGAUUGCCUUCCGCACUGAAAGAAUUGGGAAAUACAUAUGUGAGGGAUGAAUUUAAAAGACAUAAAAAUUGCGAUCAAGACCAAGCAAAGAUAUUUAUGACUGAAUGGACGAAUUAUGCCCUAGAUUUAUCAAAUCAACUUGGAGUCAAAGGUAUCAAGGAAGGUUUGAGUGGUGUAGGAAAGUCUUUAACAGAAGAAGAAUUAGAAAAAUUCAACGAUGAUCAGAUAUUACAAUUAUAUGAUCUAUUAACUGCAGCAAAGUCGAAGGAUAUUGGAUGAAUAAAUAUUUUUGGAUAAAUUUGAAGGAAUAGUACUUAAUGUAUGUGGAAAAAUAAAAAACAAUCCUUAUGAGCAAUAUAUUUGAGUUCUAUACAUAUAUUUUGUAAAUAAAUUGAAAAAUAACAUGUAAGAUGUAAAUAAUUAAACUAUUAAAAUAAA